GUAUAUACGGUGGGCAUGCUAUCUCCAUUGAAGAUGCGCCUUACAUGGCAGCAUUGUAUGGCGACUAUUACGGUUUCCGGUAUUUUUGCGGUGGAUCCAUCAUCCAUGAAAGAUUUAUUCUGACCGCAGCUCAUUGUAUAAGGAGUAUCGAAGACACCUCUUCAAUAAAGGUUCUGGUGGGUUCCGACAAUUUAGAACAGAAAUCUGGAGUCUUUAUAGACAUGGAAAAGCAUGUUUGCUAUAAAGCAUUCAUCCCUUUUGGUAACUUGAAUGAUAUCUGCCUCUUGAAAUUGAAGGAGCCUAUACGGUUUGGGAACAAGGUGGCUAAAAUUUCUCUGCCUGAUGAAGAGUUGGAGGUAGAAGAAGGAGCUCAGGUCAAUGUAACUGGAUGGGGUUCUACAGAUGGAUAUUAUUAUGAGAACAACCUCCGCCAAGUGACAAUACCGGUGGAGUCGCAGGACAUCUGCCGGAAAAUCUACGUGGAUCUGACCGACUACAAGAUCUGCGCAGGAACGGACGGCCACGAUGCCUGCUGGGGCGACAGCGGUGGUCCGCUAACGUACAACGACGUACAGAUCGGUCUGGUCUCGUACGGCGAAGGGUGCGGCAAACAUUCCUCAGUGUACACCAGAGUGUCCAAAUACGUCAAAUGGAUCAGCAAGACCAUCAAGCAGAAUCUAUAA